AUGGCACCAACUACCGGGCCACGACGCGGCGAAGAGGCCUCCUGGGAGGUUGACGCCGACAAGCCCAAGCCCAAGGGCGAGACUCGCGCCCGUCGAAGCUACUGCACCAAGGAGCUCACUCAGCGCCCAGCACCCGGUAUCGACACUGUCCACGACAUCAUCCUCUAUGCAGGACGCACGCACGGCUCCAAGAAUGGCUGGGGCUCCCGCGAGGUCAUGGACGUCAUCACGGAGGAGCACGAAGUGACGCGUACCGUUGGCGACAAGGUCCACUCGACAACCGUCAAGAAGGAGUUCCUCCACCUGUCCCCGCUCAACUGGCUGAGCUAUGAGCAGGUGCUGUGGGAGGUCCGGACGCUCGGCAGCGGCCUGCGCCAGCUCGGCAUCGGCACCGAGUGGUCAGGCAAGGGCCGCAGCAAGAGCUACUUCAACCUCUACGCCAAGUCGAGCGCCUCGUGGAUGCUCAUGGCGCAGGCGUGCGCGUUCAACGCCGUGCCCAUCUGCACGCUGUACGACACGCUCACAGCCGAUGACCUGCUCUUCGCCCUCAACGAGGCGUCCGUCCUCGCCAUGUUCACCAACGCCGACCUGCUCAAGACGAUUGAGCGCGUCAUUGCCAAGACACCAUCCCUCCAGCUCAUUGUCUACGACGGAACACCAGAACCGGGACUGCUCGAGAAGUUCAACUGGUGCAAGGACGUCAAGCUGGUUCACGUUGACGAGGUGCGGCGGCUGGGCAUGCAGAGCCCGCACCAGGCCAUCCGCGCCAAGCGCGACGACGUCUUCUGCUGCAUGUACACGAGUGGUGGAGGCGGACGAGCAAAGGGUGUGCUCCUCACACACGGCAACAUUUGCUCAGCAGUGGGCUCGGUGCACAAGCUCGUCGGCGCCGCAUUAGCAGACCACGAGUGCUACCUCGCCUUUUUGCCACAGGCACACAUCUUCGAGUUUGUUGUCGAGUUGGUGUUCUCCUUCAUCGGUAUCCCGAUCGCCUACGGCCGGACAACAACAUUAAGCGACGCCGGCGUCCGGCACUGCAAGAACGACAUCAUGGAGGCGCGGCCGUCGAUUAUGAUCGCCGUCCCGCAGGUCUGGGACCUGCUGCGCAAGGGCAUCGUGACCAAGGUCGACCAGUCGGGCAAGGUCAAGAAGUCGGUUUUCAACAUGGCGGUCAAGGCCAAGACGGCCGCGAUGGAGCACUCGAUCCCCGGCGUCGCGGGCGUCACGAACGCCCUUGUCUUCAACCAGGUCAAGGCGACCACUGGCGGCCGCCUGCGGCUGCUGUUCAACGGUGGCGGUCGCGUGAGCAAGGCGACGCAAAGGUUCUUGAGCGCCGCGCUGGUCAAGAUGGUCCAAGGCUACGGUUUGACAGAAGGCACCGCAAUGGCGUGCAUCAACCACCCAAACAGAAUGGCGAUCGACACGGUCGGCGGGCCCGUUCCAGGCUGCGAGAUCAAGCUUGUCGACCGACCAGAAGCGGGGCUCGAGUACUUGUCAACGGAUAACCCACCACGAGGCGAGAUCUACAUUCGCGGGCCGGCCGUCUUCAAAGGCUACUACAAGCGGCCACACCUUGACGUCGCGGCCUUUACGCAAGACGGAUGGUUCCGCACAGGCGACAUCGGCCAGUGGAACAAGGACGGCACGUUGUCGAUCAUCGACAGGGUGCUCAACCACGUUUCCCUGGCUGGCGGCAAGCACAUUGCCCUGGAACGCCUCGAGUCCAUCUACAAGACGUGCCAGUUUGUCGGGAACGGCUGCCUCGUCGCCAACGAGAAGCACGCGCAGCCGUGCAUGAUCGUCACGCCGCACGCGAUCAACCUCCAGGCGUUCUUGAAGAAGCACGCCGCCGUGCUCAGCGGCGUCAACCUCGAGUCGUCGAGCUCCAUCUCGAUCAGCAGGCUCAGCUUGAGCUCCAGCACGGGCUCCAUGACCGGCUCGUCGAUCACGGCCAACACGGCCACGACGGGCACGAGCACCACUUCCACGACCAUCCCCGAUAUCGACAUUGACGAGCUCUGCUCCGACCCCCAGGUCGUGAGGCUGUGUCUCCAGGAGCUCAACGCGGUCGGCAAGCGCGAGGGGUUGAAACCCAACGAGUUGCUGGAAGCAUUGGUGCUGGUGCCAGACGAGUGGACACCAGAGACGGGCAUGUUGACGGCUGCGCAGAAGUUGAGACGAAUGGACAUUGCGUCACACUACCAGGACCAGGUCAACAAGGUGUACAAGCACGUACCUGAUGAGGGGUUACUGCCCUUGCUCGAGGACUUCCCAGCCUAUGUGCCAGAUCGAAAGGACAGCGCCAUCACGGCUAUCUCUCAGGCUGGACCAUGGCCAGUACCGCCACCACGAGCGGGGGCGAGGUGAUGAGCUGAUGGUGAAGCCACAAGCAACUAUGCAUUAUCAAUUGACAACAAGAA